AUGCUCUUAUAAUAUUCUAGAGGAAAGAACAAAGGAGCUCACCUCGCCCCAAAUCGCGCAGAAAUGAGGGUAUUCACAUUCACUUCCCGCAGCAGAGGUAUGUUCACAUUCUCCUCCGCCACCGCCGCACCGCGGUGCUUCCCCGCGCUCUGCCGGAAACCUAAUCCCGAGCUCAAAAUUUCAUCCUACAUCGGUCUCCACCGGGGCUCCGGUUCCUUCGAUUUCGGCCGUUCCUCUCCCGCGGCGGCGUUUCUGAAGCUCAAUUCCGGUUUCGCGGCGUCGAGAUGCGUAUCCUCGCUUUCGUAUUCUGCUUCCGGAACACUGGAGACGGACGACGCAGUCGUCCGAGUGGAGGAGGAUGACGUUAGUGAGGCAUCAAAGUCUUGUAUUCCAGUUAGGGCUUAUUUCUUCGCGACUAGUGUGGAUUUGAAGGGCUUAGUGGAGCAUAAUAAGCAGAAUUUUAUUCCACCAUCGUCUAGAAUGACUAAUUAUGUGGUUCUGCGGUUUGGUGAUUUGAAACCCGAUCCUAAUGGUUUAGGUUAUAGUUUAAGUGGAAACGAUUGCUGCUUCGUCGUAGUUUUCCAAUAUGGUUCGAUUGUCCUAUUCAAUGUCCGCGACCAUGAAAUUGAUGGAUAUCUUAAAAUUGUGGAAAGGCAUGCUUCAGGAUUGCUUCCUGAGAUGAGAAAGGAUGAAUAUGAGGUGCGGGAGAAACCUACUUUACAUACAUGGAUGCAGGGGGGACUUGAUUACAUAACAUUGCAAUACUUGAACACUGAUGGAAUCCGCACAAUUGGCAGUGUUCUUGGCCAAAGUAUUGCUCUUGACUAUUAUGUUCGUCAGGUUGAUGGAAUUGUUGCUGAAUUUACUGACAUCAAUCGGGGAAUGGAAAAAACUGGAACUUUUACAAUGCAACGCAAAAAGCUUUUUCAACUGGUUGGAAAGGCAAAUUCAAAUCUUGCUGAUGUAAUACUUAAACUCGGACUUUUCGAGAGAUCAGAUAUCGCGUGGAAGGAUGCCAAAUAUGCUCAGAUUUGGGAGUACCUGAGGGAUGAAUUCGAAUUGACUCAGAGAUUCGCGAGCCUUGAUUUCAAGUUGAAAUUUGUCGAGCAUAACAUUCGUUUCCUUCAAGAAAUUCUCCAGAACAGAAAGUCAGAUUUCCUCGAGUGGCUGAUUAUCAUUCUGAUUGGUGCUGAAAUCCUCAUAUCCGUAUAUGACAUCGCUCAUAGGUCCGUUACAGCGUUAUAGAAGCUACCACUCAGUCCAAAUAAUAUGAGUUCAUGAAUACUUGCAGAUAUGCUGUUUAUACGAAUCUGGAUUUAUAAUUUUUUCCUGCUUCGUGCAAUUUGAUGACAGUCGCAUGCAUAAUUUAUGAUGUAAAUUUUUACCAUAUUUUAGCUGUUUUGAGUUCUGUAUUAAUUUAUUUUGAAUCUUUGAGCCUUGCAGACAAUGCAGUAGUAUAGACAAAUUGGUGCUAAUGUACUAAAUCUUACUAUGUGACAGAAGAUUCAGAAGGCAAGACAAUCUUAAGUUAUGAA